AUGUCACAAUCUCAAAAUCGAUAUGAAGUGAAAAUUACCGAUCAACACAUUCGGGCAGUAAUCAUACACGCUUUCGAAAGUUCACCAUCCUUUCGGAAUGUACUCUAUGAAGUGUUUGGAAAGAACAUUGUUUUGGAAACUGACCUUUUCAUCCAACACAAAACUCUCGAUAAUGGAGUCGUGAAUACCGUAUACUCUCUUGAAUUGUUUCGAGGUCGUGAUCAAGAACAGCCUCAUGGCCCUUGCUUGGAAUUGAUUUUAAAGCUCUCCUCUCCGAAUUGGAAAUAUUUAAAAACUCUCAAUGAAGUACACGUAAUGAAAGUAUUACAUUCCUUACAAUUGCCAAAUUUGAAAUGUCCUCAAAUUUUCACGUACGAUACGAGUGCAGAUUUCAUUGGAUAUGAAUAUAUUUUGAUGGAAAAGUGUAGGGGAGUGGCAUUGAGUGAGAUUUAUGAAACUUUGAGUUUUCAUGAACGAAAAGGUUAUAUAAAUCAAAUUGCAAAAAUUAGAGGAGAAUUGAGUUCGUUAAAAUUGUUGAUGGUCGAUGAAAAUGAUCAAGAAUUGAAGGAACCGGAAUUACUCUUUGGAAGUAUUCAGGAGAUGCAAGUGAUUGAUCAGGAAAACAAGCUAAUUCGUGUGAAAAUUGGUCCUAAUUGUGACACCAAAAAUGGUCCUUUCAACACCUUUAAUGAGUAUCUCAUCAAAACUAUUGAAUAUCGAAUGAAGGGAUUGAAUGAGUCCCUGAUAGAAUUGGGUUCUUCAACCGCAAUUUCCCACUACAAAGAACUCUUCAAUCGAGUGAUUCAUUAUCUUCGAAGAAAUGCCAUAAAGGUGCGUCGAGAUGAGUUUCAACUAUGUCACUACGAUCUCACCCCGAAUAAUACUCUCAUAGACCCUCAUUCAAAAACCAUAACAGGUGUGAUUGAUUGGGAGUGGGCUUGUUUGACUGUUCUCGAUGAAGAUAUGAACGAAAUUCUCAAUAACUGGGCAUUGUGUGAUGAGGAAAAAGAAUAUGUAAAGACUUGUUUGAACUCUGAAAUUGAUUUCCUUUCCAUAGAUGUUCACAGAUGCGAAGAUUAUUGGAAGUCACACAAAGAGAGGACGAUUUUCUUUGAUGCCGCAAGUUGGAUUUUGAGACUCACAUGUUAUAAGGAAUGGUUUUUAGGAAAACCUUAUGAGGUUCUUCUUGAGUACGUUCAAGGUAUUAAGAUUGGAGUGGAAAAAUUCUUUGAAGAACACGAAGAGUGGAAUAGCAAAUAA